GGGGCUUAGCUAACUCUACAGUUGUGCAACGUCUUCUAGCACAUAUUUAGGCCAGGCUCCUAUAGUUUACCUUUAGGUGAAGGUUUAAGAGUCGCGUUGCAUUAAAAAUUAUAUGAGGGAUAUAAAACACUGUUGCGCGGAAGACGGGAUUAGGACUAUCAAAUUGAAAUGACACAAACUUCAACUGUAUUUUGUAGGACGUUCGAAAACAAACGAAUAUACAUUUAAAAAGUAGGUAUUUAAUUACAUAUCUAUUAUUAAUUUUCAGUUGUAAUCGCAUUUUGUUAUAUUUUCCUUUAAAAAUAUGCAUGCCAAAUUUAGAAAAAGAAGCUGUCUAAAUAGUUUUAAUCCUUUUUCUUAUUUACGGCGAUGUAAAAGAAAGUAUACUACAAAUCUAUUAAAUGCAUAAAAUUCGUUUCUCAUUUUUAAUUUUAUUUUAAUUGAUCUCUUAUUAUAGCUCAGUUGGAGUGGUUGAGCAUAAAAAAAAAACUAUUGAAACAGAAACAGAAACAGAAACUUUUUUAUUCAAUAUAGAUUAUAAAUAAUACUUAUUGAAAGUCACUCUUUUGUAUGAUUACCACUGGUUCGAAAAAAAAAACCUCUGUCCUGGGAAGAACCAGCAAGAAACCCAGCGGGACUUUUUUUUUAAAUAACAGCUUACAAUCAUGUAUGUUACACAAAUUAACAACACAACAAAUUAGAAAUAGCUUGGUAGCGAUCACCUCAUUUCCAGGGGUUAUUAUCAUCUAUAAAUUCAUUAAUAUUAUAAUAACCCUUUUAUACAAACUUAGUUUAAUAAAGUUUUUGAACUUUGAGCAGGUCAAAUUUUGUAUAUUUUCUGGAAUUUUGUUGUAAAAGCGUAUACAUCGCCCCAAGAAUGAAUUACUGACUCGAUGGAGUCGAGUAACUGGUACUACUAGCUUGUGUCUGUUCCUAGUAUUUACAGAAUGAAUAUCACUUAUUUUUAUAAAACUACUUUUAUUUUUGUGUACGUACAUUACAUUUUCAUAAAUAAAUUACUAAGUACUAGUACUUAUUAAAAAGUUGAACAAUGUAUUUCAGGAGCUAACUGUCAAAGGUCUGGAAGGGGAACUUCGAGAAAUGGCGGAGCGUCAGCAGAAAGAAAUAUCAGAUUUGAAAAUGGCGCACGCAGAACAAAUGGGCAAGGCUCAGGCAAAGCAUGCGAACGAGCUGGAGGAACUGAGAAGAGCAUUAGAGCAGGAGAAAGAAGAUGCACUGGUGAAAGAGAGACAGUUAGCCAGCUCCAGACUGGAGAAGCAGAUUGUAGAAAUAGAGAGAACGUAUCAAGAGCAGCGGACGCGGCUCGUGAGCGAACUGCGCGCGGAGAGCGAGCGCGCCGCGCUUCAACUAGGCGAGCGCGAGCAAAAGCAACGCGCCGCCAUGGAAAAAUGGAAGGAAGAACAGGAGAAAUUACUUGAAGAAAAGCGAGCACAAUUAGAUAAGGAUAUAGCUGCAGAGAAGGCGAAACUUGAGGAACAAUUGAAAGAAAAACGCGCAGAGCUAGAGGAAGAAUUUGAAAAACAUAAAAAGGAGUUCGAAGCGCAACAGCAAAUGAUACUAAAGAAGAAAGUGGCAGAGAUAUCUGCGCAAUAUAAACUAGAGAGAGACAGAGAGAUAGAGAAAGCCAUAGAGAGUAUGGAGGCAGAAGCGCAAGCUGGAAGGAGAGAGCUGCAAGAUGCAUUGAGGAGAAACAAAGAACAGUACGAGAUGGAGCUGAGAGAGCUAGCGGAAACUGAGCAGGCAACACUGAAGCGAUACCAGGACGCACAGGCGAGAGUGCGCCACACGGAGGACCGCUGUUAGUUUUGCUUAUGUAUCUGUAUCACCAGGCUUGUUACGGAUUCAUUACUAGACGCUAAACGGACCAUUCGCUCAGACGUUUUACAGACCAUUCUAAGACUACUGAUCCAUUCCUAUAAAUUUUACGGGUUCAUCACCCAGACGUUUUACAGAUCACCCUCAGAAGUUUUACGGAUUCCUUCCUAUACAGUGUAUAGGACUGAAUUCAUAGAAGUCUGAGUAUAUAUAGUGUAAAGUAAGCACGUAAAGCCGCCGUCCUGCGUCUGAUGUCUCUCCGGUCGUUUCAGAUUGCAGUCCCAUCGGACUAUCACAGUAAGGGAAUAGAGUAUGCAGCUGUUGUGCUUGCGCACUCACCGGUGUACUAUAGUCCUAUCCUGCUGCUAUAGUUUCCGUUGUGACUGACCGCCGUGACAGAAACUCGGUCUGGAGUAUUGAAUUAUAUAUGUACUGCAUACUGGAAGAGACGCCGAGACUUGGUUGUUUGCAACAAGCAUUAGAGACCGCGGGGUUAAACUCACUUAGUCUUUGCCAUAAAAAGCUACUUUGUGCCUUUUUCCACGCGUUUAUUCGGUAAAAUAUUAAAUGGAUGCAGCGCAAAUGGCCCGUGGGGGCUAACUCUCUCAGAAAACCAGUGUUGGUACGAGAACUGAAGAAUCUUGUGACUUCUAACAGUGCAUUUCAUCUUAGUCCUCAAGGCUGAAUUGAGGAGAGGUGUCCAUGAUCCCAAUCAUCCACUUAUAAUCUGGUGGUCUGUGUGUUUAUUUAACACCUUUUUGGAACGAAGUUCCUUAUCAGACGGUACGAAUUCGGCGGAUGGGAGCUAGGCGAGAAAAAGUGUAAGAUUUUUCCGUCACGACACCUACUGACGUUGUAUAGACGGCCUUGACGGCUAUAAGGAAGUGAGAUGGAGUAAUAUACAUCUCCCUCGCACUUUUUCUUAUCUUCCCAUGAAAGAAAUAUUUUUUUACUUAUUAUAAACCACUGCUUGAAUACAAUCCCACCUGGUGGUAAGUGGUGAUGCAGUCCUAGAUGGUAAAUCGCACUACCAUAGCGUAAUAAAAGCCUAUUCUCUCGGACGGAAAGCCAGAUGCCGGCGAAUUAUUCCACUCCUUUGCUGUACGCAUUACAAAAGACGAAGCAAAGCGUUUAGUUCUAAUGCGUGGAAUAUCGACAACAAAAGGAUGAAGACCCGCCGACCACUUGGUUGUCCGAUGGUGGAAAGGAGAGGGAGAAAUUAAAGCGUAUAAUUCCUGCGCACACUCACCGAAAUGAUUCCUAUAGAAUACUGAGAGACUGGCUACUCUGCGCAUGUGCUCGAGGCUGACAAAAUUGGUUUCAAUUGGUAUAUCACGGUCACUAAUGAGUCUCUUAGCACGUCUCUCCUCUGAGUCCAACGCUGCCAAGUGGCAUUUUAUUUCAAAUGACGCUUAAUUUUAAUAGACGUUAGUAAUUCAUUUGUAUGUAUUUGUUAAUCAAUAACAUAAUACGUUAAUCAAUAAUAAUAUACUACGAAAGGAACUUCGUUCCAACCGAGUGUUCCACGACACUCACGCAUGUUUUUUUUUGUGUAAAAAAUAUGUCAUUCAUUCAUUCAUGCCUAGCCAACGUCCGCUGCUGAACUUGGCCUCCUUCAUUGAUUACUUCAAUAGUUGCCACUCUCGAUAGGUGAGUUGGAAAUAGCAAUAUUUUUAUUUUGAAUUGAUAUCAGGAUUAUUCUGCCGCUUCCUAUUUGAUUUCUCUCAAUCGUCUCUCACGACACUCACGGGAUGAUUUGACGUAGUGAAUUCUGUUACGUCGGACCCGUAUAGGGUACUAAUUAAGGUGUUCAAAUGAAGACAGAGCAAUUUAAUCUAGGCGCAGAGUUGGAGGUGGCCAUCGGCCAGCUUGAAACAAGAAAUAAAGUGCUAACAGAGAAAAACAUCCAACUGGAAACCCGAGCGGAGGAGAUACGAGCAAGCUGCGAUGAAGCAUGGAAAAACAAAAUGGACGCCUUAAACAAAGAGCUCGAGGACACGAGGAUAAAACACGACGAGCAAAUGCAUCAGCUUUAUGCCAAAGUUAAAAUAGCAGUGGCUAGAAAAGACUCCACCAUACAAGCGCUGACGAGGGAGAACGCAAAAUAUCAGGAGAAGGUCACGCUACUGGAGCAGAAGUUACAGCAGCAGAGGAAGGACUUCUUAAAACAGAAGUAAACAUAAUAAGAGAAGUUAAAUAAAUAACAGUAGCCGAAUAGAUAGAUGCAAAUCGGGAACUAAAAGAAAAGUCGAAUCUGCCAGUCGCAUACUGUCGUGAACCACCCCCAAAUUUAUGAACUAUAUAUAAGCUUAUUUGGAGGGGUUAACAGGAAUAUUAGUAAGGUUUAUAACAUUUUUCUGGUAUAUUUAAAUAUAUAUUUGGUUAAAUUGAUGAGAAAUGAGAGUCAAACCAAUCGACAUCGCGUUGCUGGUUAGAAACGCAAUUAUAAUUACCAUCGAAGAAACUGUCUGCUUUGUCAACAAUAUGUGAGGUACAAAUGUGUACUUCCGUGUCAGUUUUAAAUUUGGUAGGCGACACCAUCUAGGUAUACGGUGUUGGCCUGUGAUGGUGGUGGUCAUGGUGGUAAUCUAUAUAAUUUUUUUUUAGUUUGCCUCGUAUGCGUUCUUAUAACAUUCAUGUGAUUACUAUGAAACAUGGUGAGUGAGCCCGCGAUGUUUUUAUUUAUUAUAUCACAUAAUUUUUGUAGGAUCACAAAGCUUAAUUUUCUUUAAGUUAAAAGUAUUUUUUUUUUACAUAAAUGAUGUUUAUUUGACCACAUAUGACGUCUUUAAAUAGUAUUCCAUACAAAUUCUAUAAAAAGUUUUAUAAUUUAUGAAUGAGGGUAGAAAAUAAAAGAAAAUACAACGAAAUGAGGGUAGAAUUACAGAGUUCUUUGAGUUAGAACUUCGAUACCACCCCAAAGCUAAAAAGACUAUGAAUUUGCUGAGUAUGACGAAGAACCGUCUUAUCUUAGACUUUAUUGUUAGACAGGCUAAGCGAAAUGUGUGCUUUAGGUUAAUUUAUUUAUAAAAUAAAAUUAAAUGCUCAAACUGAAAGCGCUACACAAUAAUUUAAAAACAUUCUAGAUAUAUUACUUUUAAAAUAUAUUAUUAAUAAUUUUUAUUUAAAUGUGAAAAUGUUGCUUACAUUUAGCUUUGUUAUAUUUUGUUGUUAGUUAUUUUUCAAGAUACACAAUUGUUUAAUUAAUGCUAAUUGUAUUUAUUAGAAUAAACAAGGUAUAAUUUAUUGUCUUUGAUGAAUUUUUGUUUCAAAAGUCAUAAAUGUAGUGAAGUAUUUUCUGUAUUUUUAUACUUAUCCCAUUAUAUCAUGCAUUCAACUAUUACAAUUAAAGUAUUUUUACAACUCG